GUGUGUGAGCGAGUGAGAUUCUGUGCGCGUGUGUGUGUGAGAGAGUGAAACGUAUAAAUAAAAUUCAGCCAAAUGCAGAAGCCAACAACAAAAUGGAUAACAAAACUACACAGUUGGAUUUUAAAUUACUGGUGGAUCAAUCACUAAAUCUACUGGAAAGCCUCAACACAGCAUUGCGGUGCGAUGCAAUUCAAUUCUUGCUGCAAACGCUUAAGUGCAAGUACCCGGAGGCCUGCGACCAAGUCGUCAGGAAUCUGUUCAGUCACAUAGCCGCAGCCAAAGACAAUGGCGGGACAGAAGGAGGCGGAAGGAGCCAGCAGCACGAGCUAGCGAGAACUAAGCAGCUUCAGCUGCUGCUGAACACCAAGAAGGAGAAGAAGGAGCCUGGAACCGGCUGCCAGGCGGAGAUUAAGCGUGAGAACGACGAAGAGGAGGCCGGAUCGACGGACCUGAACCAAAACUUCGAGAAGAUCCUCUGCAAAGAAGAGUUCCUGUGCCUCGAGGAGGAGGAGGACUUUCUCGACGAUGCGGACACGCAGAACUCGUCUUCCCUGCAGUUCCAUGCCGGAAACAAUGUGGACGCCCUGGCCCUGGGCCCCGGCGAUCCGCUGGACCUGAUCCAGACCGGUGUUUCGCUGCUGGUCAAGCGGAAAUAUGCGGCCACCUUCGAGGACGAGGACCAGAUGGCCGGAGACGAGGAGGCAAACAGCAACAGCAACAGCAGUGACGGCAAGCUGGUCAAACGGAAACGCACCAACAACAUGCACCUGACCGUGACGACUGUGCGGCGGAAAGAGGAGAACAGCCGGCUGGGCGAGGGCUAUGUCUUCCACGAGGACAACCAGUACACGAUGCGGUAUCACCACAGCACCGGCGAGUUUAGCGAGCGGGCCUUUAAGGCGCAGUUCCGUGCUCUGCUCAGCCAGCACCAGCCCUUCCUCCGCCAGUUCUACGAUAAUUUUGUGGUGACCGGACGCCUGCUGGGCACCACGCCGUCGGCGCGAGUGCUGAAGGAGCUGCGCGAGCAGCGGCUGGAGGAGUGGCGUCGUCAGCGGGAACGUCGCCAGUUGGUCAUCCUGAUGAAGCAGACCGAGCUGCAGCGGGAUGAGGAGAUUCAGCAGCAGAAGCGGCGGAAUCAAGAGGAGAUCCAACAGCAGCAGCAACAGCAGCUGGAGGAGAUUCAUCAGCAGCAGCGGCAGCAACUGGAGGAGAUCCAGCAGCAGCAGCAGUUGCCGGCCAUCUCGUUUGGCGACUCCGAGUUGGAGUCGGAAACGGAAUCGCAGCUGUCGUCGGCUGCCCAAGAGAUUAUGAAGUUCGAGGAGUUUAUUGACGAGGGCGUAGGCGCGGGACGUCUGAUCGAUGGUUUGGAGAUGGAGCCCGAGAUCGAUGACAUGUUAGCUGGCGCCGGCAGUGCCUUGGGCAGUGUGAACAGCGCCAGCGGACACAGCAGCAACAGCAGCAGCAGCGGGAGCGGGAGCGGCGGAAAUGGGAAUGGCAUCGGCGGGGUGAUCCUCGAGAACAACAGUCAUCAUUCCCAUCACCUAAGUAGCAGCAGCAACGCAAAUCUUGUGAUCAACGGCCUUACGUCAAGCAAUAGCAUCAGCAACAGCAACAGCAACAAUAAUAAUAAUAUUAAUAACAACAAUAACAACAACAACAAUGGUAGUCUACACCGCCCGCAACUAUCGCUGCAGGCGCAGGAUCAGUUGAUAGAGUCGAUGAAACUAUCACAACACUUGCCCAUGCCCAUGGAAAAUAGGGAUUUAAAGGGCGCCCAGGCUCAUGGCAACACCAACGCCAUUAUGCCAGGAGGAAGCUCGGACCACACCAGCGAGAUUCAGCUGCACCAGCAGCAAAAACACUUUAACUCAAGCAAUAAUCCCCUAUCGAUGAUGGGCGGCAUGAUGCAACAGCAGCAGCAGCAGCAGCAACAGCAUGUGGGCAUGCCGCAUCAACAGCGGCAGAUGAUGAUGAUGCCGGACGAUUUCCCCCAGCACGGAUCUUCGAUGAUGGGCAAUCGUCAGAUGCCAGCUUUGGCUGCCUUGUCCAAUCUGGGUGACCCUCCUCCCGUCAGUAAUCAGUUGAACUCCUCCCUGGAGCUGGACGACAAUGACCUGUCGCCCGACGAGGACGACGAUGAUCUGGACCACGACCUAGACGAGCUGGACGCUGCCAAACAGCAGCUGAUCGACGGCGGCAGCAGUAGCAGCACCUCUCUGCAGGCGCCGCCCUCGCAGCACGGCAGUGGAAGUGGAGGCAGUGGAGGUCAGACCCCCGGCAGCAAAAAGGACAAGCCAAGCUACAAUUGUCUGCUCUGUCCCAAGUCGUAUCGCAAGCGGAAAUCCCUGCUGGACCACUACAAGAUGCAUCCGGGCUACUGCCAUGACUGCGGCCAGCGCAACGGGCAUACUCUGGAGGAGAUAAUCCACCACAACCGGACCAUGCACGUAAAGGAGUUUCCGUUCGUGUGCGAAACGUGCGGAGAGUCGUACUCACGGAAACAGCAGUUCCACGCCCACGUGGAGUCGCACAACAAGAAGGAAAUCAAAACCUUUCCCUGCGGCGAGUGCGGCCAAAAGUUUCCGCAGAAGAAACUGCAGCAACACUUCGAGGAGACGGGCCACAAGGCGGACGGGGCCAUCUGCGAGGUGUGCGGCGAGGAAUUUCAGUCGAAGAACGCCCUGUACCAGCACAUCGUUCGCGUGCACAAGCGCGACAACUUCUUCGAGUGCCACAUUUGCCAUAACCGCUUCACGCUGAAAGCCAACCUGGAGCGACACGUGCAGCUGCACACCGAGAUCAAGCGGCCCUACGUGUGCGAUCUGUGCGGCUCGUCCUACUUCACAUAUCCCGCGCUUAAGGAGCACUACAGCAACGCCCACGUGGACGUGUCCGAGUGCAAGUGCACGCUGUGCGGCAAGCGCUUCGGAUCCGCGAAGUCGCUGCAGCGGCAUCUUCCCUCGCACUCGGAGGAAAGGCCGCACUGCUGUAACUACUGCGAUCAGACCUUCAAGUGGAAAACGCAUUUGGUGCGCCAUAAGCAGACAAUGCACGGUAACGAGCCUCCGCCUCCUAAGAAGGGAAAGCAGCGCUUUCCCAAGGCAAACGAAGAAGCAGAGAUGGGUAGCCUGCCGGAUAUGCCUGGACCGCCGCCAGUUAAAGCUAGCAAAAAGGCAGUUACCAGUAAGGCGAAAGCGCAGGCAGCAGCCGCCGCCGCCGCUGCAGCAGCCGCAUCUUCGCAGCAGCAACAGCAGAAGGGCGCUGCGGCCACACCAACGCCGCCACCGCCAGUCUCCACGACUCCGGGCUGCCUGCAGCAGGAUCAGUUCAAUGCGGCGAUGGUCAGCAGCAACAGUUCGCAGUCCUCCACGGCAUCAACAUCGCAGCACUCGGUGUCGACGAGUGAAUCUCAGCAGAAUUCCAUGUACAAUCAGAGCUUUAGUGCAGAGAAACAACAGCAAGGACAGCAGCAGCAGCCCCAGAACGCAUUGCAUCAGCAACAUCCGACGCCGCCGCCGACACAACCGCAGCAACAACAACAGCAGCAGCAGCCGACGACACAGCAGCGAGUUGCGCCCGGAGAACUUCAUCUGCAGCGGAUGAAUAGUUUCGGGCAGGAUGGUCAAUUUCACUUUGAGUCGAACCCGGCAGCGGGUGCCUAUCAGCAGCAUCAACUGAUCAGCCAGUAUCAGCAACAACAGCAGCAACAGCAACAGCCUCAGCAGCAGCAACAACAACAUCAUCUCGCCCAACAGCAGCAGCACAUGCGGAGUCACACGCCCCAGAGUCCACAUCCUCCGCAUCCCUCGCAGUUGCAGCAGCAGCAAGCGCAGCAGCACUUUAGCUCACCCCACCACAUGCCGCCGAUGCACCACCAACAUCUGAUGAUGCAGCAGCAACAUCGGCAUAACCAGCGUUCGCCGCUGCACCAUCAUCCUGCGGCGCAGCAACUGCAACAGCAGCAUCAGCAGCCAUCGCAUUCUCCUCAGCAUGCGAGACUGCAGUCGCCACAACCUGCUCCAGUACAACAACAACAACAGCAGCAGCAGCAACAACAACAACAGCAACAAUUCUUGCAGCAACAGGCAACCGACUCCUGGGGCAACAUGAAUUUUGGCAAUGCACCCAACAACCAACAGGUUGAGCUCAAAGAUAACAAGUUCUAUAUAGUGGAAUCGCCCGAGUUUCUAGGGCUUCCAAUGAAUGUGCCGCCUUCCCCGCAGCAGCAACAAGCAGUGAGCAAACCGCAGCAGCAGCAGCAACAACAGCAACACCCACAAGCCCAGCAACCAGAUCCAACCCUCGCUGGUGAUCUGAUGAGCUUCCAGCACAUGUGGCCAGCGCCAGGGUUUAGCCAGUCUCCACAACAGCAGCAGCAGCCACCACAACAGCAGCAACAGCAGGCGGCGCAACAACAGCAGCAACAAGCCCAGGGACAGGCGAACUCAAGUGAUCCCCACAACUACAACAACAUCGGUAGCAUACUCACGAAUCUCAUUGACACAAAUCCCGCGCCAAUGGAGUACAAUUUCGACCUGAUGCAGCAGCAACAAACGACGGCGGCCCAGCAACAGCAACAACAGCAGGCGGCGCAACAGCAGCAUCACAACGCGGGAGGUUAUGCGAGCGGUUUGAUGCGCAGUGGGGGCGGCGUUUACGGAGGAGCCUACGACCAGCAUCUGAGUGACCAGCUGGUGAGCGAACAGCAGAAGCAAAACAGCUUUCAGCCCUACCACCCACAUGGCCUGCAGGCGCAACAACAACAGCCAUUGCAUCCGCAUCUGCUGCCUCCGCCAGCGCCGCACAGCAAUGUUUACGACCGAACAGGAGUAGGAGUCGGUGUGGGCGUGGGCGUGGGUUACUCGAUGCUGGGAGACGAUACGAAGGGCGUGCUGCCGCCCAUGAUGGGUGGCAUGAUGCAGCAAAUGCCGCCGCAUGGCCAGCAACCGGAUCUAAUCUACUACCCAGUGAAGAACGAUUGACAGUCGAAGAAUCAUCAUCAGCAGCACCAAGCUCAGCAGCCCAAUCACCAUCACCACCACCGCUGGUGGACAGAGCCAGCCAAGAGAGGCGAUGUUUUUCAUUGAAGAAACAACCGAAAACAGGAAACGGAAUACGGAACACGGAACAAGUUCGCUUAGAUUGUAAGUGUAGGGGGCGGGUGGAUGUGUGGAACGCGGGGAGUUGUAGAUAGGGCAACCCACACGUUUAUUUUGAAAUUAAGAGCAAUAACAUACAGAUACAGAUUAGAGCGGUAACAGCUCAGAAUUUCUAAUCCGACCGGCGCUAUGAUACGUGUAUAAAAUGUAAUCAUUUACAAAGUACAUCAAAUAAACAGAAGCAUGUAUACAUAAUUAAAUUCAGACAUAUACAUAGUAGCACCUAAGCAAAGCAAAAGCAAGAAUUAAAUUAAAACCUAUAAAUAAUAAAUAUAUAUAUAUAUAUAAAUUAUAUGAAACAUAUAUAUUAGCCUAAGUAACUACAAUAAUGGCAGACCACAAGCAACUUUCGAACAAAUUUUAUGCUUAUUUAACAUUUACCAUACGAGUUAUAAAUACAACACUACACAAAUACGUACGUUGCUGUAUAAUCAAAACAAUCCAACAUUAUAUUCAUACAUAUGAUAUCUAUGUGAACCCCGAGAACCCCCAUACCCAUAUUGUAGAUGAUUGAUUUGAGCAUGGGUCGGGUCAUGCAUCACAAA